GAAUUUCUUUAAAAUAUACUUCUGGCAAUCACGUAUCUGUUGAGAAAUAAAACACGUGCGAUUUUUUGCUAUAGAACUUGUAAUUAAUUAAAAAUCUAUCAGCAUGUCUUUGCCAAAACGAAAACGUGUGUCCAAGAAAAAUAAAUCAGCCUGGCGUAAAACUGAUAUAAAGGAUGUUGAGGAUUUUUUAGAGGAUAAAUUGCGCGACGAGCGAAUCGGAACAUUUUCUGAAAAACAAAAUGAAGAUAUUUUCCACAUAGAUGUUAUAGCCACAGAAUCUAAAAGGAAACUUAACACUGAGAAGCAAAAGCGCAAAUUAAAUGCUAUAAAGCCUAUGAAAUCUUGGAAAGGUUUAGAGAAUUACUCAAAAGUUGAAGAUCCGAUUGUAAAAAGAAAUACAGUGAAGCAAAAAAAGUGCGGGCGGGAUAUAGAGAAAGAAGUCUGCAAUCCUAUUAGAUCGAGACAUUUUAAAGCCAACCAAGAUCGGGCGAAAUAUUAUGAAAAGGUGGAAGAACGACUUAAGAAAAAGGCCAGCGGAAUACCGGAUAUCAAUAAAGACAUUUGGACCGAUGCGGAUUUUCGUGACAAUAUUCCUGGCCUUAAAGACGAAAAGGGUUGGAUCAGCAGAGAUUUAAGUCUAUAUAUAGCAAAGAACAUAGGCAAACCAAUUAUUAAAGUCCACGAUAGCAUACGCCAUCGUACUACGAAAGCAAAAAAUUUUGAACCACCUCAUCCAGGCAUAAGUUACAAUCCCUCGUUAGAAGAUCAUCAAAAAUUAAUUUUAAAGGUCGUGGAAAAGGAAGAAAACAUUAUUAAGGGAGAAAAACAUUUGGAACGCGUUACUACGCGUAUGUUUAAGAAAGUUACUCCCGAAGAAAAGGAAGCUUUUUAUAUGAGAGAAAUGCGUUCAGGUUUUGAAGAUGAUGAUAAUGAAGAUACAGACGAUGAUAUCAAGAAUUUUCAAAGCAAUGAGGAUUCUACAUAUCAGACGAGUAAUCCACCAGUAGAAAACAAAAAGAAAUCGAAACAAGCACGCAGCAAAGAACUUAAACAAAAAGAGCUCGAAAAGAAAACUUUGGAGAAGAAAAUGAAAAAAAAACAAACUGUUGAUAUCAACCGUAUCAAAUCUCUAAAAAAGGAAAUCUCAGAAGAAGAAGAAAGCUUGAACGCCUUGAAAAAGAAACGUAAAAAGACGGCUUUGAAAAAGAAAUACGAAACGAAACGUUUGGGCCGUUUAAAAUUUAUUGAGCAAGACGAAGAUGUUAAUAUGCCAGAGGACUUGGCCGGCAGCAUGUGUAAUAUAAAGCAGGAAAGUAGUCUUCUUAUAGAUCGGUUCAAAAGUUUCCAAAAGCGAAAUAUGCUCCCAGUAAGCGUAGCCGUAGGCAAACAAAAAACACCGAAAGUCAAACGAUUUCCACGCAGUUCACACAAAGACCCUGGUAUCUCGUACCAAAUGCUCCGCGAACAGCGUAUUGUCAAAAAGAAAGUUUCAUAAAUUUAAACGUUAUAUACGUUUAUUAAACUAAUAAAAAAUAUACUGAAAUUGGUUUUA